AACAUCACAUUGAACAAAAAGCAUAAGAGAUUUUCCAACCAAAAAGUGCAUACACUUUCUCUUUCUUUUUCCAGUUUGUUAUCUUCUACUCUUAAAAUACAAGCUGCAAACAUGCAAGAAAAAUCGAAAAUGCAGAGGAAGAGAUCAUUGGUUGCUCGUAGAGCUUGGAAUGUUCUCCGACUAGCCUUGUUAUGGGCGAGAAAAGGUGGCAUUUUCAAGAACAAGCAUCUCGUGGAUCUUCGUUUGCUUCCUAAAUAUUUUAAAAGUCUCCGUCAUACCAAUGAUCACUAUGGGGCACUACAUUAUGGGGAACGUGAGUUUUCAUUUGAUGACACCCCUAUCUUUCAUGUUAAGAUGCAUCGCCCUGCUUCCUUGCGUUUCAAGAUGCCAAACAUUCCCUGCAUUAAACCUCAAGUCGACUUUGACUUUGACAAUGAUUAUGAGCACGAGGAUGAAAUGUACAAUGAUAAUAAUAAUAAUAAUAAUGAUGACGCUCCUAGGAAGAGCUUCUUGAAGACUGAAUGUCAAGAGGAUGAGUCUGAGGAGAUCAUUGCUAGUGGCGAUGAUGAAGCUAUUGAUAUGAAGGCAGAGGAGUUCAUUGCAAAGUUCUAUGAGCAAAUAAAGCUGCAAAAACAACUGUCAUAUCUACAAUACCAUGAAACGCUCGCUAAUUAAUGGAGGAGAGACCUGCAGACGCUUCUCAGUAACGAAUUCAUUAUUUCAUGUAUCCAAAUCCUGCAUUAGUAUUCUUUCUGUAUAGGACAUUUUUGUAGAUAGAUGAGCUAUUCCAUUCAAAAAAUGCAAAAUAAAAGUAUCAAAGUUCUCUUUUCCAGAACGAGCUGAUAUUUAUUUGGAGUAUUUUUCUUGGUUUCUGA